CAGUUCCAUCCAGGAAUGGUGAAUUCAAACUGGGAAUGCUGGAGGGGGGACAAGACCUUCAGAGAUGAGGCUUUGCCACUGUUUUGCACAAGAUGAGGCUUUGCCACUGUUUUGCAUGUUGAACACAGCUGUCUCUCCUGGAUUGGCUUUGCCUGGGCUGUGUCCUGCUGGGGUUUAGGACAGAGUGCCACAUCCAAGUCCCCUUGUCGCCUCUCUGCUGACUGGCAGGAUGUGGUGCCAGAGGCUGGCGUGGCUGCUCCGGGGCCGGCGUGGGAGCACCGGGCAUCGCUGGCCGUGGCUGCCCCGGGGCCCUGGGCCUGUCCUGGCUGUCCCUGCACGCUGCCACCCCACGGCCCCAGCGUCCCCCUGCUGUGCCUGGCAGCUGCACCAAGACCAUCUCGAGCUGAGGUACGGCAGCAUCGUGAUGCGCCUGGAUUUCGUGUGGCUGCGGGACCACUGCCGCUCCGCCUCCUGCUACAACGCCAAGACCAGCCAGCGCAGCCUGGACACGGCCAGCGUGGACCUGGCCAUCCAGCCCCAGGCUGUGCGGGUGGAUGAGACCACACUCUUCCUCACCUGGCCGGAUGGACACGUGACACGAUACGGGCUGGAGUGGCUGGCGAGGAACAGCUACGAGGGGCAGAAGCAGCAGGUCAUGCACCCCCGCAUCCUCUGGAAUGCUGAGAUCUACCAGCAAGCCCAGGUCCCCUCCACCGACUGCCGGAGCUUCCUGGAGACAGACGAGGGUCUGAAGGAAUUCAUGCAGAACUUCUUGUUGUACGGGAUUGCUUUCGUGGAGAAUGUCCCUCCCACCAAAGAAGACACAGAAAUCUUGGCAAAGAGGAUCAGCAUAAUCAGGGAGACCAUUUAUGGCAGGAUGUGGUACUUCACCUCUGACUUCUCCCGGGGAGACACAGCCUACACCAAGCUGGCCCUGGACCGGCACACAGACACCACCUACUUCCAGGAGCCCUGUGGCAUCCAGGUGUUCCACUGCCUGAAGCACGAGGGCACGGGCGGGCGGACGCUGCUGGUGGACGGGUUCCACGCGGCCGAGCAGGUGCUGCACCAGGCCCCAGAGCACUUUGAGCUGCUGGCCAAGGUGCCCCUCAAACACGAGUACGUGGAGAACGUGGGCGGCUGCCACAACCACAUGAUCGGAGUGGGGCCGGUGCUCAACGUCUACCCCUGGAACAACGAGCUUUACCUCAUCAGGUACAACAACUACGACCGUGCCGUGAUCAACACGGUGCCCCAUGACGUGGUGCGCCGCUGGUACCACGCGCACCGCGCCCUCACGGCCGAGCUGCGCCGGCCCCACAACGAGCUCUGGGUCAAGCUGAAGCCAGGCAAGGUCCUGUUUGUGGAUAACUGGCGCGUCCUGCACGGCCGGGAGGCUUUCACCGGCUACCGGCAGCUCUGUGGGUGUUACCUGACGAGGGAUGACGUGCUGAACACUGCCCGCCUGCUGGGGCUGCAGGCCUAGCCCAGCCCCCAGAGAGCCAGGCAGCCCCAGCCCCACCUCUGGGAGAGGCAGGACCCUCCCAGUGCCACUGCCAGGAGAGGCAGGCAGCCCCCAGACUCACCUCUGGGAGUUGCUGGCAGCCCCCAGUCCCACUUUUGGGAGAGGCCAGAGCCCCUCAGUGCCAGCCCUGGGAGAGGCAGGAGCCCCCAGCCCCACUCCACACCAGGCCAGCUGGGCUGGUGCCUCCCCAGAUGCUCCAGGCCCUCUGUGACCCUGCAAUACCUCAGGCACCUCCACCCUCUCCAAGCAGCUCCCAGGGCCUGCUCAGGCCAGAGGGCAGGUGGAAACCAAAGGUUGUGGUACCAUAUUUUGGGAUCACACUCUGCCUUUGAGCACAGGCAGCCCUUGCUGUCUGUGCUCCCAGCCUGGCCCUCCCAGCCAGGGUGGCUCAGUUGUGGUUAAUCCCACCACAGUAAGUGCUCCUCCAAACAAGUG